AGAAUACAAGAUGGCGGCUAAAAUUGAGAGAAAUUUAAAGUUAGAAACACAGACAGAAGGAAGGCAACAACAGGUACUAGUAUAUCUGGGUAGCGUGUGUGAUUUCUGAUUUUUAGCAUAGCGUGGUGGAUCAGUCACUUUAUCAGUGUUUGACCAAACUCAGGCAGACUGGGAUCGGUCCUUUACUUUCGCAAAUCGCCACCAGUUAAUUCACUCAGUUUGUAGAACGUGGCAAUUUGCUUGCACACCAAUUUAAGUCACACAAACAGCAGUCAGCAGUGGGUGAAAUAAAAUUAUGAAAACUAUAUAAAAGAUCAAUGAGCAAUGCAUUGGCUGUAUUUAUAUAUUUACUAAGAAGCACUAGUAAUCACGUAUAUUUUACGAAUCAUUGAAACUGGAAUAUAUUUAACGAAGUGGCUAUAUCUACGGGCCCGUAAACAGACUUCGCCCGGCUAUAUUUACGGCACUCUCGUUCUUAGUCUCCAUACGGCCUGUAUUUAUCGUUAAAGUCAAAUUGAAACAAAAAUAACCCUAACUGGCUAACCCCAAUCCUUCCUCUAAUCCUAACCCCUAAAAAAAUAGUAGUCAGAAAAAAAAAGUUAAACAUGUUUUGUUAAGGCGAACAAAAAACCUUCACAAACUCGGAUUCGAACCCGCGGACUACAACACAGCAGCCAUUUGCCUAACCUUCUGAGCUAUUUUCGGGCUCGCUGAAAUCCUUUGUAAACAAUACGCUUUAAGUCCUGAUUCCACAAGCGCUUUUUGUCAGCAAAAUGCGAAAUAUUUUGCCUGUUUCUUUUGAAUUGUGAGCAAUCAAGUAGAAAUAAUUUAUUCGAGUGGUCGCAAUUCAAAAGAAACACGCGAAAUAUUUCGCAUUUCACCGACGAAAAGCGCUUGUGGAAUCAGGCCUUUAUAGUGCCGGUUCGGUACAUAGAGUGCCGUAAAUAUAGCCUGGCGAAGUCUGUUUACGGACCCGUAGAUAUAGCCACUUUGUAUAUUUAAAAGCAUGCCGUUUUCCGCAUAAACGCAAACUACAGUAACACGCCAGCCUUUCUUUUGGAGUCUUACCUAAGUUAUAUAUAGAAUACUCGUCAAUUUUUAAACCUUACACCGAAGUGUGUUUAAUUAGUCGAACUACGAAUCGAAUUCUAUAAUCGCUGACUUUUUAACGCUAUCGGCGCCAAAAAAUUCUUGAAUUAUGGUUGGCAAAAAUUUGCCGAAUGCCGACCUCAUUUUCGAGGGCCGCCAAAUUCAAUCUGAUUCAAAGUGGUUGGUUGAAAUUGCAUUUUUUCACUUUUUGGAUUUAAAUGUUGUUCCAAUUUUCGAACAUUUGCUCAAAUACUUGCCCAUUUGGGAAAUGUAUUGCAUUGCGAGUUCAGCCUGUCUGCAAACUUCCAGUUCUGUAAAAAGUUUUAACCACUUAAUUUCAAUGCCAAAUCGCAAGUAGAAAUUUACCAAAACUUGAUGCUUACAUAUGUGUCGUGCCAAGCUACUUAAAUUUGAAUCCCAAAUUUAUGAGAAUAAUUUCAAUAAUUAAUGCGAUUGCGAGCAGCAUUUGUGAAUCACAUUGUAUUUGGCUGUUUUUUAUUGCAAUGAUACAAGAAAAGUAUCAUUCGACAGCUAAAAGCCUGAUCUUUAUUGGUAUGAAAAAAGUAAAUGGUUAAACGUAACAUAAUUCACAAUAACAUGCCAAAGGUGGAACUCAGUAAAAGCCAGAACUCAAUAAGAAUUGCCAACCUCAGGACAUUUAAUAAGCAUGUGCAGGAUUAUUUUGGAGUUGAUGACUCACUGUUUUAAUUGUUGCUAAACCAAUCAAGUUGCUUUGUGUAGAUGAAAUUGUCUAUUGACAAGACAUGCAUUUAUUUUGCCUGGUCGGUUAUUGUCUUUUUGUUUCUACUUGUUACAGUGUUAUCGGCACAAAUUGACAAACGUUGGUAUAGGUAAUCAUGCAAUGGCGAGUACAAUUAGGGAUUAAUAGUACGAGUGAUGUUUGGAAAUUUUGCCAAAAUUGGACGAGCCGCCGGGCUAGUCCAAUUUGGCAAAUUUCCAAACAUCACAAGUACUAUUAAUCCCUAAUUGUACGAGCAACAUCGCAUGAUUACUUGUUUAUUAUUAGCCUGACAAAAUUGGAUACGUACUUCUCAAUGUCAACAUCGUAUUCUCUCGCCAAAGCCCAGUCCUGCCAGACUUUCAACCAAAAUUUGGUGCUUUUGUUCGUAUUUUUAUCUAGUUCCUCCACGGCAAUUUCAUGUCGCAAUUGUGUUUAAAAUACCUUUCCGCCAUUUUAUUUGUUUUGGGAAAAUCAUUAAUUGUACUGCAGUACAAUUAAUGAAGUAAUUGUACUCCUCUCAACCAAUCAGCAUCCAGUAAUUUUGUCAUGUUAAUAAUAAAUAUAUUUACUGAGAAUAACAAGAUAAUUACAUGUAUUUUUAACAAUACAAGCAAGCAGAAGGGAAACAAAUGCAUGCAUUUUACUAGGAAAUUGUGACUUUGCUUUGUGAACACAGCAAGCGUAGGGGAAACAAAAAAAACAUAAUUGAACAAAAACAUUUGCAGUUGAUGUUGCCCUGAAUAAAAUUCACUUAGUUGCCAUCAGACAAUGGCCACUGGGGUACCUAGGUAGGGGGUAUAAAUUAAGGGGAAAACUUGUCGACCAGUUCUCCCAGUGCGGCUCUAUAUGGCUAUGUUAUAAUGCCUCAGAUCUACCUUUGACCCACAAAAAAAAUUGAAUCAAGUACAUGCACUAUAUAAAACAUUUAUCCGAUAAAACAUUUAUCCGACAAUGAAAACAUAAAGUUAAAGAUGCCCAGCUUUUUGUGGCAAGGCAACUAGCCCAAUGGGGCAAGCAGAUAAAACGUUUACUUGCCCGUCAUGAUAUUCAAUUGCCCCGGGCAAGUGUUAAGUUUGUACACCUCUGUCACAUGUUGACUAAGAUUAUUUUUAGGUUGGCCAAGUACUGUACAUGUAAUCUUGAAAAUGGGUGUAAAUGAUUUGCCUUGAACAAAAACUUAAACAGAUAUACUUGACAAAUAAAACUCGUCAGAUGUUAUAGUUACAGUAAUUGAGCAGUUUGCAGGUGCCUACUUCAGGUGACUGAUUUUGUGUUUGUCUUUACUGUUAUAUUUUUGCCAUUUUGAACAACUCCAGCCUCGGGCUGCUUUGACUGAAAAAAUCUGGACCUCCUGCUUCCAGUGUUCUAGCACCCAAUACUAAUUUGCUCUUGUUUGCAAUGUUGCACAAUGUUGUAUUAAACAAAGUCAAACCUGAUCGGACAACAUGACCUAUCAUAGUGUUCAAACAAAGCCAACAUGUUGCUCCAACAUCAUCUAACAGGCCUUGAUGCACAUACAGUAGAAGUCUACGUGGCUUUCUUAAUUAAAAUUUUUAUCAGUCAAAAUCAGUUGAUGUUAAUUAAUCAACUGAUUAGUGGUAUCCUUUUAACUAAGUUUUACAAAUACGUAACUAACUAAAUAUAUUCUUGGGGAAAUUUACUACUGAGUGUAAAGCAUUGAAUUAUAUGAGCUGCAUAGGCCAUAGCAUAAGUUAGUGCCUUAUAUCCACUACACAAGUGCCUUGUUCUUUAAAAAAAUCGAAUUUUUGUCUUUCGCUUUUAUCAUUGUAUUUCGCGUAUCGUUACUGUUAGCUUUAACAUUUUACACAGUCAAAGCUUUAUCGCUCCAACUAUCAUAGCACAGAAUGAUUGAACACUUUCAGAAGGUGUGUGACAUUGUUAUCAUUUCAAGGAAGUGGCAGUCUAUUUGCUCUGACAAUUGAAAAGUCAUUGAGAAAACAUUUCCCUAGCCUGUGCAUAUGAUUAAGUGGAAAAUAAAUUUAUAUAACGAAUAUAUAGUACAUUGAAUUUUAAGAAAUGAGUGAUACAUGAUGAAGAAAAAAUACCUGGCUCGUCGCUAGCAUGUAACUAAUUCAAUAUUCAACACUAAAGUUUUGUUAAGUAGACAGUAUAGCAAAUGAAGUAACAAUAUUUUGGGAUAAACGUAUAUUUCAUUUUCACCAGGCACAGUAUACCAUGUAUAUGGUUUUCGUGAUUCUCCGGUCCGAGUGGACGUCAUCAAUUUUUGAGAUUUUUGAAGCUCAAAACAGUUUAUUCCGAAAUUUCAUGAUGUUUGGGUUCACUGCAGCGGAAACAAAAUUUUCAAAACGCCAUAACUCGCGUCCUGAAUGUCCAAACAUCACAACAUUUUCGGUGUAGACUAAUUUGAGCAUGAAGACUUGGGGUCCAUUCUGCCAAAUAUGGAGAUGAAAAAUCGAUAACGCGAACUCGGGUCGGAGACAACUUGCCUGUUAAAAAUACCGUAUUAAAAUGAAAUCAUAUUCUUGAGCUGACUUGGACCUUUCUUGCCCUCUGUUUCUUAGACUGAGAGAUGAAUAUUCAGAAAUUUUGCACUGCGCGCUCAUUUCUGAAACUAAGAAGUUAUACAUGUUGUAUUUUAAGAUAUUCGUCACAAUUUGAGGUUAGUAACUUUCAAAAAUCCGUUUAUGUGCAAAGUUCAUGGAAUACAGUAUUGUUACUUUAAAUGCAAUUCUAACUUGGGCAAGACACAUCAGUAUUUUGGUUUUUCAUUUAUAGCGUUGCAUAAGAUGACAAAUAUUGGCACAUUCCUCACGCGUAUAACUGUAAUUAUUCAGUAAUUUUAUGCAAACCGUAAUUACUGUAUAGGUCUACGAAGUGAGAUUUAUUUGAUAAUUGACUAUAUAAUUCUGAAUGCAAAUGUGUUAAAUAAAAUUUGAUUGGCUGGGCAACGAAUAAAUUGUUUUUCCGCGUUGGACGUCAUUAUGAAAAAGGUUUAUUGGUGAAUUGCUCUCUUGAUAAAAUUUUGUUACAUGCAUGCACUAUUGACAUGGUAGGCAAUAACCAAUGAAAAUAUGUUAUAGACACCAAAUGCAGAACAGGCAGAAAUUAAGCAAGCAGAAUACUGUAGUAGUGUUUGCAGUCUAAAACAAGUUAAGACAGAGGUGUACUCAUGCAUGCAAAUAUAAGUCAGACGUUCCAUGCAGCUUUGCAUGUGAAUUAAAUACGAGUGAGAAUAUGAGUAACAUGCGCAUGUUGGAGGACAUAUGUGUAUGGGCCAUUCCCCACCGUAAUAUUUUCAUAUUUAAAACACAGAAAUACAGUCUCCACAAAUGUGUAAGCAUGUUUGAAAGAAAUAGUCAACAUUCGGCAGUCAUGCAGACAUCAAUCUUAAAUUUAUUCACAAAAAUACAAGUUGUGAAAUAUUUUUUAUUCUCUGUCUUUUGGUCCAAGAACAUACAAGAAAUGAUAUUUUUUUGCAUGACAGUAACAAAUGGGGUCAUGCACUGUCGUUAUUUUGAGUUAAAUUACUUUAAACCCCAAAUAACCGCCAUAUAGAACACGUCAUUGUGCCAGAGUGCGUUUACAUGCAAGGGUUGUAUUUUUAAAUAUUUGGAUAUAGCUUUGUAUUAGUCAAAUCGUAAAUCUUCCACCUUUAGAAAAUUUUAGGGAGCCACCUUGAUAUGGAAAUCUAUAAAAUAUGCCCUAACAGCAUGAUAUAAAUUAUUCAUGCACCUUCCUAGAAAUACAUGUAGGAUUUGUUCAUAUUUAUCUUCGUUCAUAUUUAUCCGGUCUUUCUCAUGAGAUAACAACAUUAAGCACAUCACGCUUUUAAAGCACAUCACUCAACAUUAAAAAGCAACAUUAAGCACAUCACGUUUUUAAUUGCUUGUAGCAAUUUGGUUGUUGCAUAUAGAACGUGCAUGUGCUUUGUCAGCACUAUGUUUGAACGAUGUUUAUUCACUAGAUAUUUUCCAAAGCGUAUAAAUUGAACUUUUCGCUCAAAUUAAAUGUAGUAUUGUGGGGAAUUCGUUAUUACAUUUUCAGUGAUUUAUUAAAGGAAGAAUCUAUACUUAUCUUUUGGUAUUAUUUACUCAUUAAUAAGAUGCAGUGAGCCUUUCCCAUUAGACAUUCAUCCAAAGUUGCGAAAGUUCAUCAAAGAGAAUUUGAAUGCUCUAGACCAAAAUGAGGGAAAUGGUUGUAAUGCUUGUUUUACAGACGGGCCACUUAUUUUUAUCUGAUUGCAGAUGAUGUGAGUAUAGAUAGUGGUUUAGUAUUAAUGCUCACAACAAUGAAUCUGUGAUUUAAAAAGUGGCCAAAAGUAAUAGAGUAUCCUGUGCUGGAUAAAGAAAAGAAUACUUUGUCUGAUUUCUAGUGCUCUAACAUUGUUAAACAAUAGCAUUACUGCAGCAGUUGCCCUUUGUGAUGACGAUAUACACACAUUUAAUAUUUUUACGAACUUUUAUAGGCUACAUUAAUUAAGGCUAAUUUGGGCUUUCUAAUUAAAUGUAGUAUUGUGGGAAUUCGUUAUUAAAUUUUCAGUGAUUUAUUAAAGGAUGAAUCCAUGUACUUAAUUAUCUUUCGAUGUUAUUUACCCAUGCAUUAAUAAGAUGCAGUGAGCCUUUCCCAUUAGACAUUCAUCCAAAGUUACAUGAGAAUUUGGUCGACAGCAUGCGAGUUUAUACAGUAUACUAUCGUUUUGUAGAGUAAAUCAGACGCAAAUCUAUCGGCAGUGAGAAGUAAGUCCCAUGCUGAUGGACCGCAAAAGUUUGUACUUAAAACUCCAAAGGUAAAUAGAAAUGAAGUGAAUGGCUGAACAUCUAGGUCAAUUUGCUUAUUAACAUCUCUAUUCUUAGGGCGCUUUCCAUUUAAUGGCCUGACCGGUCAGACCCGAAUUCUUUUCUCUGAUAUCAAUGGAAAGAUCUAGUCUAUGUUUCUCAAGCAUGUAGCGAAAAUGGAUCUCAUUCUAAUGUUAUCUAAAUUUUCCGGUCAGAUAGGUCCGAAGCCCAAGUGGUUUGUGUUCCAAUAAAAAAUUUGACCGUUCUGACCGGUCUGUCCGUGUCAAUGGAAAGCGCCCUUAGUCCUUGCAAUCUUUUGUCGUUUCAGUAUGGUAAUAUGAGAAAUCAUGCACCUGAUUAUCCACAACUCGUUAAUAGCAUUUUAAAAGUAUUCAGAUAAUCACAGUAUAUAUACUGCAUGAUAUAAUUCAGACUAUUCAGUAACAGAUAAUAUCCUUAUAUAUAUAUAUAUAUACAACAUCAAGAAUAGGAGGCUGCCUCGUAUUGCAUACGAGACACAUCAGCUUCUCAGUGUACGUUCCGUAAUGAUAGAAAAUCCAUAAAGAGUUGUUGGCUUCGUCAUUUUUUAGGGUACAAGAGAUUAUAUCCCCAAACAAAUGGCCAUUAGAGAACAUGUCUUUGAAGAAAUUAUCAAAUGUUUUCAAAAACAUGGAGCUGAAAGUAUUGAUACUCCAGUGUUUGAAUUGAAGGUAAUAUUAUGUAUUGUCUCUGCAAUGCAAAUUAACCGUUUCGUUAAUUGUUCAUCAUUGUGCUGGUAGCCAACCCUGCAUGUCUGGAGUUCCGCAAGAGACAGUUCUCUGACCUGCCUUGUUUUUGUUAUUCAUCAAUGACCUACCAGCUACUGUGACCAUGCCUCCGUACAGUAAUACGUCAACCAUGUAGAUGUUUGGGUAGGUACGUGGUCUUUCUCGCCAAAGAAGUACAUUGCUGUCCACUUGCUGUAGAGUGGGUUCCCCUCGCAUUACCGGUGUUCCAUCUGUAAUGUCAUGCUGUUUAAGGGGGUCCAGUACUAAACAGGGUCGAAGUUUAAAUUUGCUUUUAUACUAUGUAACCGGAAUUGUAAAUUUUGAAAUUUACUUUUCUGUCUGAAGAACCACUAUUUAUGCCUUUGAGAGCCUGUUCAUCGGCUAGUGUGUAGUGUCUCUGACAAUUGUGACCUAAGCCGCAAGACCUAUGAACUGAAGAUCAGCAAACAAACAUAGUAGAGACCUUAUUUAUACAAACAACAAGAUCUAUCAAAUGCAUGCACGUGCAACAACGCAACUACAAAAUCAACAGUUGUAACAGUAAAAUUAUCCAGUGAUGUUAUAAAUUGAUGCCAACCACAAUUGUUUCUACUGUACAAACAGAAUACCGAGAUCUGGAAGUUUACAAUUCCGUCUGUAAUUUUACUAUAUACGGAAUAACGGAAUAGCGUAAAUCUCGAGCCCUGCUAAAUUGGUCCAAAAAGUGCCAGGAUUCAAGAAAGAAGCAAACAGGAUUCUUGCUGAUUUGCAGAUCUGUCGUCUUGUGACAGAGAAAUCAAAGAGAACGGCAACCUAAGUCUGGUGAGGCCUGUGCUAUAGGUAUGCCACGACGACUUGUUUCACACUGUGCUUGAUACUCCAGACUGCCCAUUGUUGUUACCCUGGAUUCCAGAGCCUUCGACAGUAAAUAAUAAAUUGAAAUGUCGCGAAGGCUCUGGUUCAACGGGGCGAUUCUUUGAUUAAGCCGCGCCAAUCACAAAACAGAAUUAGUGGUUUUAGUACAGAUUCUGUACUAAAACCACUAAUUCUGUUUUGUGAUUGGCGCGGCUUAAUCAAAGAAUCGCCCCGUUGAACCAGAGCCUUCGCGACAUUUCAAUUUAUUAUUUACUGUCGAAGGCUCUGGAAUCCAGGGUACAUUGUUGUAGGCCCAGCGUGACGUGAGAGAAUUAGAAUUUUUUCUAGUAUUCAAUUAAUAGCUACACUAGUUAAUAUGCAUAUAUGUUCUUCGGUGCGCGGGCAUUUCGCGUUUUCCCUUCUCUCCACCACUUCCUCCUCGCACGUUGUAGCGCAAUUACGAAAUUAAUCCUUGAAAAGCCUCUGUGGAGGAGAGAGCGUACAUUUUCUGUGUAGUAAUUAUUAACUGGGCGUGUAGACAUUCUCUGCUGCCGUGAACUGCAGGCAUGGGAGUUAUCCAAACUUGUGAACUGGACGGCUUAAAAAAACUCAUUACCAUUUCAUUAUACACGUUUUGUAUACUGUUACACUGUAGUUAAUUUAUAAAGCUUAACAAUAUAGAAGUCGUUAGCCUAAAUGAAUCAACAGCACAUUAGUAUCACAAUAAAAUUGUUUCUUUGAAAGAGGAUUACAAAGAAACUUAGGUGGUACAAAUUUUAAUAUACAUUACUUUUCAAUUAAGGGAAAUAGUUGUAAUGCUUGUUUUAGGGCGGGCCACUUAUUUUUAUCCAAUUGCAGAUGAUGUGAGUAGCGAUAUAGUAUUAAUGCUCACAACAAUGAAAUGAAUCUGUGAUUUAAAAAGUGGCGAAAAGUAAUAGAGUGCCCUUCGUCGGAUAAAGAAAAGAAUACUUUGUCUGAUUUCUAGUGCUCUAACAUUGUUAUAACAAUAGCAUUACUGCAGCAGUUGUCCUUUGUGAUGACGAUAUACACACAUUUAAUAUUUUUUGCAUAGACACGAACUUUUAUAGGCUAAUUUGGACUUUCUAGAUUUGAUAAUCUGGGUGCCAUUGUAUGUACAUGUAUGUGCAUGCAUGGACUUAGGACUAAUAUUGCAUAUGAUGUAUAUGUUUUACAUUGACUCUCAGAUCAUGUUUGGCCGACUCACAGAGAAUGAUGGGAUACUUUUUUUUUAAAUUUUUGUUAUCUUAUACAUCAUUGUUUUGAUGUUGUUAUUUUAUCUUAAAGUCGGUUAGUUCCGGUAGGUCGGUCAUAAAGUCGUAUUGUUGACCCAUUAUACACACGAAGGUGCACACAAAUAACCCCAUAGCAUAUUUUAUUCUACGUAUAGCAAUAUAACUUUACUUGUUUAAACGUCUUGCUAUUUUUAGGAAACAUUGACAGGAAAAUAUGGAGAAGACUCCAAACUUAUUUAUGACUUGGCGGAUCAAGGAGGGGAGCUUCUGUCUUUAAGAUAUGAUUUAACUGUAUCCUUUUAUCAUGAGUCUUACUACAAGUAGCAAAUUCGUGUCAACUCAUGAGCCAUCGGUCUAAAUAACGUGGAAUUUUCCCCAUACUAUAUAGACUAAUUUUAGCAAGGAAAUUUCAAUUCCUGGAUUAUUUUUGCCAAAGCACUGUAGAUAGCGAAGUAGUACGUUAACUCGAAAUGCCGCUGACUGAAGGAUUUUCAGGUAAACACAAAAGGGCUGUAUGUGGAACUCUCUGGUAUAUUGGGAUGCCCCAUUCACACAUUCAGAAAUAUCAAUUAUUUUUCACUCAAUGCGGUAUAUCUAAUCUGCAUGUACACUGAGCUUUAUGUGUAUGAUUGCAAUUUGCAUGUGGGAUGUGUGGGCGGACUCCACCAGAAAUGAUAUCCUGUGAUUCCCGGUUAGGACAUUUUGAAAGUUAUUCGAAUGUUUUUGAUGUACUAUUGUUGCCUUAACGUUGACAACAGGUUCCUUUUGCGAGAUAUGUUGCAAUGAAUAAAAUAGAUAAAAUCAAAAGAUAUCAUAUAGCCAAAGUUUACCGCAGAGAUAAUCCUGCUAUGACGAAAGGAAGAUUCAGAGAAUUUUACCAAUGUGUAGGUUUAGAUCACGGUAGGAAUUUUGCGUAGGUAAAUUCUGAGUUUUGAAGGAUUUGCGAGAACUGUCUGACGAAACUGACUUGGUGUUAAACACCCGCCAUCUUGAAAACCUCCCUCUCUUCCAUCCCUUCUAGCAACUACCGUUUAUCAAUUAGCCUUUCUCACACCACGUGACAAGGCUUUGUCCACCAUUUUUGGGUAGCAAACCGCGCAGCAAUAAAAGAUGACAAAAAGCAAAUGAGUGAUUUAGAGAAGUAAACAUAUAAAUAAUAGUACUAUGUUUCUAUACUUCACUAAAUUCACUCCUUCGCUUGUGGCGGACUAUUUUCAUUGUGAGGUUUGCCACCAGCAAAUAUUGGACAAGGCCUGGUCGCAUGGCGUGAGAAAUGCUAAUUGACUAAAAAUGUGUUUGGGACAUCAGGUGACCGUUGUAGCACGAUUCAUGCUGUUCAUGAAAAACUAUAAAUUGGUGAGCAAAAAGCGUAAACUAGACUGUAUAGAGCUAUACUAAUAUACUUGAAAAUUGUUCGAUGAUUCCUAGAGUAAACCGUACCAUAAUAGGUACACAGAUCGGUCCGUGUGCAUGUGGCAGGCCUAUGAUAUAUAUAUACUGACGGUAACGAGGGUAUAUUAAUGUUCCUUCCCCUGGAGAACAUGUGGCCUCUCUUGGAACAUCAUCAUGGUAUUUUCCAUGUUUUGACUUAGUGUAGACUUGAUUGAAUAAAAAUUAUACUGUUGAUAUGUUGAAUAUGUUAUGUUUUCAGGAUAUCGAUAUUGCUGGACAGUAUGAUGCGAUGAUACCAGAUGCAGAAUGUGUUAAAAUAGUUGCGGAAAUAUUAACUAAUUUAAAACUUGGAGACUUCACGAUAAAGGUAUGGUACAUGUACUAUAUAAUAAAAGCUUACCGGUUUAAAACAUCUAUGUUUUCUGCUUCAUUCCGUUCCAGAGGUAUAGUUUUUAUGUAUAAAUGUUUUUAUGUCCUUACAUAAUCUGUUUUUACAUAAUUUCGAUUACAAAGAGAAUACGACGUGUUUUCAUUAUCAUGAUACUAGCUAUAAGAAGAACAUACUUAAAUCGAAUUCUGAAACAAAUUGGAACAAUCUGUGAAGCACCAAGUCGUGCUAUAUUUUUACGUUACUGACAACACAUGUAUUUUAGUAUAAUUGUAACUCUAAAUUUCACUUUAAUAUUACCAUAGUUAACUGACUCACUUAACUUAAUAACUGUAUCCUACAUGCAUUUUAAUAUCGUAAUUCUAAUUUUUAACUAAGGUAAUUCAGGACCCAAUUAUUAUUAUAACCUAUGGUGAAUUGAUUUACCUGAAUAAGUUUGAUUACCGAAAAAGCAACCACUAAAUGAUGCCUCGUUUAAUAAAGGUCUGUAACUGUAGGUAAACCACCGAAAAAUACUGGAUGGAAUGUUUGAAGUAUGUGGUGUUCCUGCAGAGAAAUUCAGAUCAAUUUCAUCAGCUGUUGAUAAACUGGAUAAGGUAUAUUAUACUGUCGAGGUUUUGGUAAGGAAAACAAAAGUUUGACGUUUUCGAGCAAAGCCUCUUCGUCUGAAAGUUUAUAAUUAUGAAUGUGUAUGAAUACAGUUGUAUUUUAAUUAUUAUUUGAUGUGUAAUGUUUAGAUGAAAUGGGAAGACGUACGUUCCGAGAUGAUUGAUGAAAAAGAUCUGGAUCCUAGUGUUGCUGAUGCAAUAGGUGGAUAUGUUCAGCAUCAUGGUGGAUUUGAGCUACUGAAUAAAAUGGCAGCUGAUGAGAAAUUAGGAAACAAUAAGAGUGGAAAAGCUGGUAUUGAAGAUAUGAACCUCUUAUUAACAUAUUGUGAACUGUUUGGUAUUCUCGAUAAGGUAUAGUAUGUUGUUGAAUGUAUGUGUGUUUGCUGGAUACGUUAUUAAGUAUUUAUAGAUCUUAGUGUGUGGGAUUUCCUUGUUGUCUGACAGUUUGUUAAGCUUCUUGUAUGGGUACCAGCUUUUACUAGAGGCUUAACCAUGCACUACUUUGUUGGAUUUUCCUGUUCUCUAACAAGUGGCUAAGCUUCUGCUAGUUACUAGCUUUUACUUUAGGCUUACUAUGCGCUAGCAGAUCAUUUUCCACUCAGUGGCUGAUCAUUCACACUCUUCGCUUAGACUAUGCAAUACAGGGCGUAUAAAAAAGGUGCACAGUUCUGAAAUGUCUACCAAACUGAAGAUUUCGCAACAUUUCUGACAACCUUAUGUUAGUAUGGGUAUAGUAUGGGGUCUUCUGGUAUCUAUAUCUCAAAAUUAUUCUGAAAAGUAAAUUUUGGAGUGCAGCUGACUCCAAAGCUACCCAUACUAACACAAAGUUGUCACAAAUUUUGCAGAAUUUUCAUGCCAUGCCGAAACUUCCAAUACAAGAAUACGAGUUGCAUGCAUGAGCAUCAAUUCACACGUUUUUGCAGAGUCUCGUAUCUCCGUGUAUGAAUAAAUUAUUAAAUUAGCCUUUCUCACGAUGGCGAAUAUCCGCCAUUUUUGGGUGGCAUCUAAUUCUCGUUAACCAAUGCAGACAAUUAAAACAAUGUGAAAAGCAAUUUUUCAAAAUAAACUAACCAUUUACAAAGCAAAUUUACCAUCAUUCGUCCAAAAAAUUAUAAAAAGUCGCUGACUGAAAACCCAAAAAUGGCAGCGUGAGAAAGGCUAAUCUGUCCCGAUUAAUUUCGUGUUCAUCACAAUUCUGUGUUUAUGUUGAUAUGUUAUCUAGGUUUCCUUCGAUAUGAGUUUAGCUCGUGGUCUAGAUUACUAUACUGGCGUUAUUUACGAAGCAAUUUUGGAACCAGAAAGUAUAACUAAGAAUGAAGUGGGUAUGUUUUGUACACACUGUUAUUGUAAUUUUUACACACUAUAGUUGUUAUUACUGUAUAAUCGUCUAUUGGUCCUGUAAAAUCGUUUAUAUACCUGGUAAAAUAUAUUAAAGCUAUUUUCUAACAAUUACCCAGUAGAAUAUUAUAGAUUGUUACAUGCUUUUGAGAGCAACUUAGUUGAAAACAUGCAGAAAACAUACAUACGCUCUCACAAUCAAAAUUUCAACGAAACAUUUUCCAAAACAUAUCACAUAUUUUAUUCUCACCUCCAGGUGACGCUUGCGGUGUUGGUUCAGUUGCUGGUGGUGGACGAUACGACGAUCUGGUUGGAAUGUUUGCUGCCAAAGGAAGGAAGGUGGGUUGGGUUACAGCUAAUUCAAUUACGAAUGGAGGUUAUCCGUGACGCAGUAAAACAAUAUGUAUUUGGUUUCUAAAAUUUAACAACUAUCGUUACACGGUGUUUCAUGCCUUUAGGCAAUCAUCAGAGGAGUGAUUACAUUCAAUUAUUGUUCUCUGACUAUCUGUAAUGUACCACGCCAUGACAAUUAAAGUUCUAUUGUAUAUAGAACUCCUAUGUAUUCUACAGUAGGAGUUAUUUUGGAAAAUGCUACGAACAAACAGAAACAUUAAGAGAAGUAUAGAGAGAGUCAAUUUUGUUGUUUGCAGUACAAAAUUUUGCGGUUUAUAGGUUGCUUGAAUUAACUGUAUUCUCUUACACUUUUUGUCUAUCACUCUUUCUCUUAUAUACCGUGUACAGUUAAGCCCUCUUGGGCAUGAAAAUUCGUUUGCGAGAAGAACUUUAAACAAGUCUAAAGUAUAGUAAAGGCGCUGUUACGCUAUGUGGCUUGUUUUGCAAUGUCUCGCGAUUUCAGCAUUGCAUUGCAAGUGAUGUUAUACACCAACCAAUAUGUUCCAUGCUACUUGCAAUGAUCAUGGUUAAAAAUAGGGUAAAAACGGUAAAAACAGCCAAGAGUCAAUAUGCAAAUCCAUUCAAUGAGUAAACAGUGCGAAAAAACUUGCAAAAGGAUGUUACACUGCAUGUGCAAUGCUUUGAAAAUGCGUUGCUGCCUUGCUGCAAUCGUUGCGAACAAUUAUUGAGCCUGAUUGAACAAUUGUUGAACCUGAUUCUACUUUGUGCAGUGCUUGUUGCGACAAAAAUGUUCCAAGACUCGAUGACUGUGAGGCAUGUUAUAUCUUGCGAUUUCGCGUGCAACUUAUGUCGCAGCAACACUGCGAGGCAAGUUGCGAGAGAAGUUGCAUUGUGUAAUAGCCCCUUAAAUAAUUGUGAAAUGUUCCAACUUAUGUUCAGGUUCCCUGUGUGGGUGUCAGCAUAGGAAUAGAACGAAUAUUUGCCAUCCUAGAAGCUAAAGCGAAGGUAAGUAUUAAGAUUAAUAACUUACUGACCGAGAGUGAGGGCAGUACCGGAAAGUAUCCAACCUCGGUCUUGCUGUAUUGACCAAGCGAUAGCGAGGUCAAUACAGCAAGACCGAGGUUGGAUAUUUUCCCGUACUGCCCGAACGGUUGAGGUCAGUAAUUUUUUUAUUAUAUGGCAUUGUACGUUUGCAAAAAUGGGAAAAAAGGCCACGCGAGGUCAAAGUACAAAGUCUGAAACAUUUGCAAAAAACACAAUUGUAAAAAAUGUUCUCUUGGUUAGUAAAACUAAAACUACUGUACAGCACUUUUUAUAUAGAAUACUAACAAAGUUUGGAUAGUAUUUCAAGAAAAAUACGAGAUAUUUCGUCAUUUAAUCAAAAACAACAAAUAUGAAAACAAUAAAAUUAAUAAACAGUAUGGACAAGUACGUUUUUUGUUCGCUUCAUCUCAUGCAUGUUUAUGUCUCUUUUUAUCUAACAAAAACAGAAAUUUUCAGAGAAAAAUUAUAAAUUUGUAGCUGCCUUAGUUGUAUUUUUUAUUUAGGAUGGUGUCAAAUUCCUCCUGGUUAUCUGCAAAUAAAAUUUGCAGCUCUUCACAUAGUCAAAACAAAACUAUUCCUGACUGUUUUAAUAGUUAUAAACAUUGUAAAAUUUACCUUGUAAUUUUGACUUUAACAAAAACGUAUUGAGGAAAUUCUUUAACCACAGCAGUUGCUCCUUUUCUUUAUUUUAGGUUUAUUUUUCUUCGUUUUGAAUAAGUUGAAAGACUUUUAGACACUUUUUGCCGUUUGAAACUCGGCUCUCGUCGCAGGGAAAUAAAAAUUGGGAAUAGGCAAUUCCAGCUUUUAAUUUAUGCCUGCAGGGGGUGAUGGGAAGUAAGGUAUCAUAUUCCUGAUUAUGCUGAAAAAUUUCAAUAAAAACUGCUGCCAUUUUUAUUUUUUUAACAUAAUCAGCAAUAUGAUACCUUACUUCCCAUCACCCCCUGCAUGCAUGCAUAAACUAAAAGCUGGAAUUGCCUAUUGCCCGUGGGCAAUACGGGAAAAUUCUGUCUCGUCAGCAGCCAAUCAAAUUGCGCGAUUCAUCAAAACUAGUGCUUGCCAUAUAAUAAUUAUCGCUUGUUUACUGAGACCGAGGGGAACAGUAUGUUUUGUGGACCCAAAACUGCCGUUGUUGCCCGAGGCAAAACCGAGGGCAACAACGGCAGUCGAGGGGCAACAAAACACACUGCUUUCCCGAGGUCUCAGUAAAUAGGUGUUUUGUUAUAUAGUAGAUAAGUGUCAAAGUAUGAAUAAUUCACCGGUUAUUGGAGUGAACUUAAUUCAGUGAACCUAUAUUAAAGCCUAUGAUUUGCUGAAGCCAAAAUAGUUUUUCUGAGUUAUGAGCAGAAAUACUUGAUCCCAAACGUUGGGCUAUAUAUCAAACUGAAGCUUUUGAAAAUUGCUAUUUGGUGUGGAAAUUUUAAGACUUCAGCGAAAAGAAAAAUAUUUUAAAAAUACAAAAACAACUGCCAUUCGGCCAAAAAUUGGCAAUUGUUUUUGUAGUUUUAAAAUAUUUCCUUUGCAUGGAUAAAACAGUUUUGUUGAGAAUAUUGUAAUAUUUGUUACAAGUUAAAGGGUAUGAGCAACCAAAAUUUCUUGCAAUAAAAUUUUCUUUUAUCUAAAAGAGCUUGUGAAAUGGUAAUGGAACACAUAUUACAAAUCUUUCGUAUCUUUCUUCGUUAUCGAAAUAUUUCAAUGUGUUUGAUAUGCAAAUUAUGACGUCACAAGCUGGGUACAAAAUUUAAAAACAUUAAAAUAUCAGCUACAUUCUGCAAGUUAUUUCUACUACUUACUUGACAUUGUGUAUAUGAAAACUCUUCAUGUGACCAUGGAUUGUAAAAUAACUGGAUAGGAAACUAGCUGACGUCACAAUCUAAACCUAGUUGCAAUCUGUGACGUCACGUGUAUUGCCAAAGUUCUCAGCAUUUUUGUUGUUUCGCUAUAUUUUCCGCUUUAAAAGAGUAAUAUUGAAGCAUAAACUGGUCUGAUUGUUUUAAAAACAUGCCUAAGCCACGACAAAGUAUUCAAGGUAAAUGUCUUUGUCUUGUAUUUUUUAACAUUUGUAGCUACGAAAUUGGCGUCGCCAAUUUUAACGAAAUUUGCGAUGCAUUUUUCACUGUUUAGUGCUUGAAAUAUUUGCUAAAAUUGACUGGGAAUACUUAGAGAUUUCAUCGUAGAAUGGCCUAGUUAUAUUUAUUUGCUCUUUGACUAAAAUGUUUAGCUGUAUUAUCGCUAAACAUGCCGUUUUUGAGAACUAGGUUUCAACGCCAUCAUCCCAUUGAAAACAUUAGGUCACGUCAGCUAGUUUCCUAUCCAUGUAUUUUAUUAUCCAUGAUGAUGUGACUAACGUGACAUGUUGAGCAAUCAACUGGAUUUAUCUGAUAUUUUAAUGUUUUUAAAUUCUGUACCCAGCUUGUGACGUCUAAUUUGCAUCAAACACAUUGAAACAUCUCAGAAACGAAGAAAGAUACGAAAGAUUUGUAAUAUAUGCUCCAUUACCAUUUGACGAGUUCUUUCAAAUGAAAGAGACUUUUUUAUAAGAAAUGCUUGUUCAUACCCUUUAAGCCUGUUUUCCACUUCAACCAUAUCGUAAAGUACCGUAGCAUUUUCUUUUGUGUCGAAGGUAUUAGUUCCACACUACCGCACAGGAAACAAAGAAAUGCGCUACGUUUCGGUACGAUUGAAGUGAAAAACUGGCUUAAUUCGCAUACAAGUGCGUAUACCGUAUUUACUCGUUCGAGCGCCGCCCCCGAAUGAGCACCGCACUAAAUAGUGUAAAAACUUUCUGCCCGUCAAAAUGGGGACAUUUAGUGACAAAGACAUUUAAAACUUGUUUAUUUUAUUUUAAAAGUUCUUAUAAUUCACAAAUAAAAGUUUUUUUAAAGAGCGCCGCCCCCGAAUGAGCGCCGCAUCUGAAGCUCUGAAAAUUUAAAGAGCGCCGCGGCGCUCAAACGAGUAAAUACGGUAUCUGUUAUUAUAAGGUCAUCUGCAAAACAGUAUUUUUAUUGGUUCCUGACGUAAAUAACUCUUUUCCCUGUAAAAAAAGACUACAAAUAAUUAUGUGACCUUGCAUGCUAAGGUUUUGAUGUAAAAUAAUAUACUACCCUUCUCUAGUUUGUCUUAAAACGUUGUUUACCUAUACUAAACACUUACAAUGUUGACAGAGUGAUACUUAUAAUUGCCGCCAUUACACUGCUUUUUUGGCAACCCAAAGUGAAACUGGACUAAUUAAAAACUGCUUUGUUGUCGAUUUUUAAAUCUUUUAAGGUAUUAAAAUAUCUGAAAUUAUGUUGUUAUUCUUUUAUCUUUGUCAAAAAUUAUUUACAGAAAUUUGAAAUCCUGUGUUCCAACUUAAUUUAACUCAUUGUAACAAUAAACCAUAGAAAUCUGCAGUUUUGAGGGGGCCUCAACCCCGAUCCCUUAAGACCGCCUGCUAAAAAUUUGUGGAACCCCAUUGGCUUGUUUUAUAUAUGUAUAUCUAAUGAAUAUAUGUGCUCGGCAGGCUUCUGGGUCAAAACAAAGAACAACUAAGACAUGUGUAUUGGUAGCAUCUGGACAAAAAAACUUUCUAGAACAACGAAUGAAAUUAGUUUCUAAACUUUGGGAAGAUGGAAUUCAGGUUAGUUUUUCCUUUUAGUUAAUUUGAAAUAUAUAACUUGUAUAUGCGCUAAACCAACCUGAUACUCAGGGUUUUCACUUCCGCUACCUCCCGAAACCCGCUGCAGGUAGGUAGCGGAAGUGAAAAACCUGCAUGAGUAUCAGGUUGGUGCUAAACUUGCUGUACAUGUACAUCUACUGGCAUCCUAUCUGUAAGGCGGGAAAAGUUUGGACACGCAACGUUAUUGACGUUGUUACGUGCAAAUUGCAGCAAAAAUUGCCUCGUGUAUAACACCUUAAAUCGGGCUCGAGCUGUUUAAUUAAUUAACGAAGAGUUCAUCAAGCAUCUAAUCUUUUUAUGUAUUUGACAGUAUUAGGAAAAUCUACACUUAUUGGACUUUCUCAAUUUUUUUCAGGCUGAAAUUCUGUACAAGAAAAAUCCGAAAAUGUUAAGUCAAUUCCAGUUUUGUGAAGAUAAUGAAAUCCCGUUCUGUGCUAUAAUUGGAGAGAGUGAGUUGAAAGAAGGAGUUGUGACUCUCAGGGAUAUGAAGUCCAGACAAGAGGUAGACGUCUCACGAUUUAGAAUUUUUUGUUUUAUCCUUGCAUGUGUUUCGCGCACGAACAUACAUGGGGUUGAGCAUGUGAUUGUGGUCAUGAUCUGAGAACAAAACAUGAGGAUGGUUCUCCUUGUGAAAGGAAUACUUGGGUGGAAGUUGGGGCAAGAAGCCACUUAAGGUUUCGGUUUUGGCUCUAAAUUGUACAUGCAGCCCAAAUGCCGCGACAAAUUUUGCUAGUGUUGUUUACAUCGUACCCAAAUCGCGUUAUUCACCGACAUAAUUGUCGGUGAAUAGUGCAAGGAUAUUCACCUCAACGCUUCGCGUUUCGAUGAAUAUCCUUAAUUGCACUAUUCACCUCGACUUCGGUGAAUAAUUGUUAAUUAUUAUUUAAAAAAGUUCAUGAUUUCUGAUUGGCUAACAGCCAACUGUGUAUAGCUGACCUGAGACUGCAGCUUCGUUGAUAACACAAACUCGGCUUGACAAUUCUCAGACCUGCCAACUCACGGAUUUCCCGUGUGACUCACGAAUUCAGGCAUUAUCUCACGGACUGACGGAAAUAUUUUCAAAUCUCACGGAUUCACGAUUUUGAAAUUUUAACCACCACUAGACUUUAAAAUGGAAUGAUUGAUGUGAAAUAAAACUAGCUAUUGACCAUAAUUCUAAUUUGUAAAAAAUCCCCAACACUAUUAGUAUUUAUUUACUCAUUUAUACUAAGUAACAGUCUAAGCAUUCCGUCAUUUUGAAUCGCCGGCGCAGAGCGGGAAAUAUACUGCAAGAAAAUGGCGGAAGCAGAAACUUCUCAAAUAAAUUGGCCAAUGGGCUAUUCCUGUUUUAUAUUCACAUCAUCCCACAUUGAGGAACUUGAUUUUUUACCCCCUGCUAGGAAUUUCCAAGGUUAAAAAUGCGGGUCAGUGGUUGAAAAUCAUCCCCUUCCUCUGGAAUUCCAAGGUUCCUCAACAGGGGUGUGUGGCCAGGAUAAAAAUUGGAAUAGUAUCUAUUGAGAUCAAACAUUAAUCAAAGCAGGCGGACAGUUAAUUGUUUUCAGUAAAAUCUUACAUGUAUCAUUUUUAUAGGGUUAAAAUGACAUCAGUAUAAGAUUAUAAGAAGGAAUGUUAAUUGUCAUGUCGCUUUAAAUUCUGGCUAAUAUAACGAAAAUAAUUACUUAAUAUAUAAUUAGAAAAUAUAACUAAUAUGUCAAAAAACUGAAUAAAGUUGUAGUACAUAAUCUUAUCCUCGUUCUCUUUUAGACUAAAGUCAAGCAAGAAGAUCUUGCUGCUGAUAUAACCAGCAGAAUAUCAAAAAUCAAGCUGCAAGACUAGCCAUGCAGUUCUUAUUAUGACUAUAUACUAGAACGUUUGUGUUAUAGCAAAUAAAGAAAGCGUUGUAGUUGAUUUGCAAGCUUUAUCGUAUAUUAGUAUUUUUGCACAAGUGAACAUAACAAAUCCUACAAGUUGGUUGGUCAAAUUUGACGUAGCCUAUUAAGCUGUCAUAUUCACCUGUUGGUGAAUAUAACAAAUCCGAAAUUUGCAAAAUGGCGGCUAGCCGUUUUGUGGAAGUUAUACUGAUAAAGAAAUAAGCGAAAUUAAAAUAAAUUUAGUCCGAAAAAAC